AUGAUUCCAUUGGCAGAGGACAUUGCUCCUGCGGAUGUAGUUCUGGGAGACAGAACCACUCCUAACGCCGGUUCCAAUUCCAAUUCCCCUGUGACAGGAUUGUCGAACAGCAAAGGUCCCAGCGGGACUUCCUCCCACCGUCUUUCGACCACCAUACUUCCAGUAGAAAAGCUCAAACCCGCAGCGGGUACCAAUGCAGGCGCCAGAGGUGUAGACGCCGCGGCCAACAUGAUAGACCGGGAUGUACGCCCAAACCAGCGAAAGAAAGAAUUACCUGAGAUCCUUUCAGAUGCGUCCUCAGUAGCUUCGGACGAGUGUGUAACCGCAGAAGACGAGCCUCUCGCGAACGGAAUGGACGUAGACGAGCCUUCCAACGCGCCUCAAGGCACGACCACAGCCACCUCUUCUGUUCUCGGUCCCGGGGCCCUCGAUGGUAGGAUGAGCCCGAAGGGGUGCCUUCCAGCGGCCCCCUUUAUUCCGCCUACUACUCCGACCGACAUCCAUCGUCGAUACUAUUCCUGGCAUGUAUCGGAUCCUGGACUUGUUGACAAAGUCAUCAUUGCUCAAGACCCAUUCGGACGAUUUGUCAAUGACAUCUGUCCUGGUGCAUACCAAUCAGUGACCCAUGUCAACUUUAAGGCCCUCGACGAUUUCUCCGUCAGACCCAUAGGCAUAUACGACCCCAAAUCCGAGAUUGUACGCUACACCAAGGAUUUGGGCUUAAUCAGUCAUGAGAACGCACAGACUCUUCUUUCCGGAAAGGACGACAUGCCUGCGACCAGAGCGUUGCGCUCCGGGCUGUAUGUCUUCCGCAAUGUAUCUCUCGGCCUCGUAUGUGUCAUUUUCUGGCCUCAGGACACGACCUGGGACGACGAUGCGAUUUCAUCCGUGGCUCGUAACAGGGUCACGUUUAUGCGAUACCUCACGAAGAUUGCCGAUCAAAUCGUCGUUCUCGUACCAGAUGAUUUUUCCGAUUCGAUGAUUCUCGCAGAGGAAGCUCCCGCUGAGCCAGUUGAAGACAGCGUUGAUCGGCUAUUCACGUUUGAGGUCAUGAAGACGCGUGAGGAAGAGGAAAACGUUAUCGCUACGGAAGGAUUUAAGAUAAACAAUCUGCAGCUCGGACUUGAGCGUGCGCCAGACAAUACUUCCAUACCUACAGAACUCUUUCGUCCGCGGCUCAUCCCUGGCGAGACAUGCUUAGGCUUCAUGUUGAUCAGCUACCAGAUGGCCAGGACCAUGCAAAGCGCGAAGAUCGAGGAGUACCCUCGCACUCGGCUGUCGGAGUUGAUCAAGAAGAGGUCUUUCGUUCUGGCCAGUUCUUUGUCGGAAGAUGCAUUUGGGAUUCUGGUUAAGUUUGGCUUGCCGGCUUUCGUGGAAGAUGAUUAUCGACAGCUGGAAGAGCAACGAAAAUCUUUGACGGCUGACCUCAACAAGGAAGAGUUGGAAGUGUUCGACAGGUUAGGAAGUACCCUUCGAGAGCAAAACCCAUUACUCGUCGACACCCUCUUCACGGAAGCAGCUGCCGUGGUUGAAGGCACAUUCGGGGCAUGUUGUGUCAAUACUCAAAUGAUGACACAUCUGGUGAACAUCCGCAUAGCCGCGGAAUUGCUCGAGCACUUGAACGCCCUCCAUCGCGAUGUUGGGAAGUAUCGUCGUACUUUGCUUUCUGAUCACAGGCUCAAGACCAUUGGAGUGAAGAGCUUCACCGCUCAAAAGGAGAAAAUUAUCAAGUUACAAACAUCUGGAAAUCAGGCAAAUUCUGCUCUAGGCCAUUCAGAGAAGGGUUCAGAAGAGAAGACUGCUUCCGGUUUAUGGGUGAUGAACGUGGCGACCAGGGCAGCGUCGAAAGCAAUCUCGACGAUCGUGCCAGGUCCCGUCUUCGGGCCUGCGCACCACAACAGUCAUAGCCAACGGAUGCCUGAUGACAUAGAUUUUCUGUGUACACUCCCUGCUGUGACUAAUGCGUCCCCCGAGGUGGCAGCCGAGGCACACGAGGCCAUCGCCAUCGCGCGUCGAAAUUUCACGGACUACAUCUGGACAUCGGUCAAUAAAGUGGCGCGGAGGAUUGAAGACCUUCAGCGCGAUGAGUGCGAGAAGCAACUACAGGUCCAUCGUAAGCGCCCGAUAGUGAAUACCUGGGAUGACUCUAGGAGGACAUUCAUUGCGAGAAUUCAGAACAGCUUUGUCCGCGACCCUGACGAUGUAUUUGAGAUAGAAGACGUCCAAAACAUUAGUUCCUCAUGGCCAACAGACGGAUCCUUCCGCCUGUCUGGUAUUUCGCAAUGGAAGAACGAGGCAUCUCUCAAGCAUGCUAUUAGCCCGCUUUACCUAACUGAGACGGACGAACAAGCUAUGCGGCUCGAUAAGACUCAUGUACCUACUCCGCGACUCCAGAACUCAGCCUACUCGUUCGAUCUGACCCUCAACCAUCGCAUACUGUUCAUCCAGCUAUUACAUGACUCGCGCUGCCUGCUAAUAGCUAGGAAUGAGGCUGGAGGCGACGUGUCCAUAUACCUCGAACGCCUCAUCGAUCUCGACAACGCCGUCAAGUUUUCGCGACGCAAGAAGGUGCUCAGUGCUGACAAGCUACACGGCGACCUCCUGUUCUCAUUUGACGAGACGAAGCGAAUGCUCGCUGUGUGCACUAUCGGAAAGUUGCAUGUACAUGCGUUCGUCUUCGACGAGCAUUACCGAAACUUACAAGGCCUCGGAUCGACUAUCGAGCUCUCCCCCUGGUACGACCAACACAUAAAACUGGUACACAUGAUUUUCCGCUGUGGUGCAGACGAAGAGUUGCUGCUCGUGGACAACACAGGACGAGCUCGCAUACUGUCACUUACUACUCAGCAAUUCCGUCCUGCAUCUCUGCAGUUGCCGUCUUCUACUCGGAGUUUGAAAUCUUCACCCGAUGGCUCCUGCUUCUUUGCCCUGGAACCGCUUCGAAACAGGCUGUUACUGCGAGCAUACCACUGGGCCAGCUUCGGUUCGUCACGAGGAAUUAGCGCUGAGCUCCCGGCCAUCCUUUUUGACUCCCUUGAGAUCACCACGUUUUCACUUUCGACAUUGCCUCGGCCAGCAUGCACUCCAAAGCUCUACAUAUCUCGCACAAGAGCACAGAGUUCACCUUCCGUGCUGACGACAGAAACGCCCAUCGCCAUCAUGGGCAGAAGACGAUCGCCCGCAGUGCCAUUAUUGAUUGCCACCGCGAUGUCUGGACCCGAUUUCCUGUUGUGCCAGCGGUCCGCAGGUGUACUUUCAAGUUUUCGCAACGAGCUCGCCGAUCAUUUGACAUUCGUCUCGUAUCUGCCAUCACAGCUCCUCUCCACGUACUUCUCCGACAUGAUCAUUUCGUUCGAGAGAGCCACACAUAAACCGGUCGAAGACGAGCUGGCGAACAUCGAUGUGUCCGGGAUGACAUAUUCUGUUUUCAUGAAGCAGGGUGAUCAGGUCGUCUCGCAGCUGAGGGCGAGCGAGUGGCUCGUCGAUAUUCUCUGUCUGAUUCCCAUUCACAUUGCUAUCGCCCAUGACAACCGAUUCGUGCCUCUGAAAGAUGGGGUAUGGUCUGCCGACUUCGAGCGUGACCUGCUCGGAGCGACGGUCGAGCGGGUUGUCGAUAAGCUGACAUUCGGCUGGUAUGAGUCUAUCUUCAAGUCGUAUAUGGCUGCUAAAGUACGUGGUUAA